GAGCUUGUGUUGCUUCAGUUUUUUACACUGAAAACGAAAACAAUGCUGAAUUCAACGUCAUCAACUUCAUCCUACUUUGUUCUUGAGGCUUAUUUACAAGUGGGAACUUUGAGAUACUUGUUCUUCAUGUUGACUGCAGUGAUUUACGUGUUCAUCCUGAUUUCCAACACGUCUCUGAUUGUAGUUAUCUGUAUUAACAGAAGUCUCCAUGAACCUAUGUACGUGUUCCUGUGCAGCCUGUUUGUAAAUGAACUGUAUGGUAGCACAGGGCUGUUUCCUCUCCUCCUGCUCCAGAUCCUCUCAGACGUUCACACUGUUUCUCGUCCUCUUUGUUUCCUGCAGAUCUUCUGUUUGUACACGUAUGUGAAUGUGGAGUUUUGUAAUUUAGCCGUGAUGUCGUACGACAGAUAUCUGGCCAUUUGUUGUCCUCUGCAGUACAACACACGUAUGACGGUGAACAAAGCAGUCACCUUCAUUAUUGUGCUCUGGUUUUACUCUUUUGUUAAGUUUCUGGUUACGCUAUCGUUGAACAUCCGUUUGCCUCUUUGUGGAAACGUCUUGGACAGUUUGUAUUGUCAUAACUUCCUUGUGGUGAAGUUAGCGUGUUCCGACACCACAGUGAACAACAUCUACGGACUGUUCAUUGUUUUUAUAACCGUCUUAGUUCCUCUGCUUCCGAUCCUGUUCUCCUACAGGAAGAUUCUCAAAGUUUGUUUCUCUAGUUCCAAACAGACGAGACAGAAAGCCGUCAGUACCUGCACCCCCCACCUGGUGUCGCUGCUCAACUUCUCUUUCGGCUGUUUGUUUGAGAUCCUGCGCAGCAGGUUUGAUAUGAGCACGUUUCCCUCUGAGCUCAGAAUCUUCCUGUCUCUGUAUUUUCUCAUCAUUCAGCCGCUGUUGACUCCUCUCAUGUUCGGACUGCAGAUGUCAACGAUACGAAACGCCUGGAAACUCCUCAUCUGCGCUCAGACGGUGUGGCAGUCCUCUUCUCAACGCCUUUCUCCUCACCAACGACAUGAUGCGGUUAAUGUAGCAUACGUCAACGCUCUCAACACACUCCGCAACGCCCUGGGGACCGCCUUCCCCAAUAAAAUCCUCAGAAAGGGUUCUGGUAUGAGGGGUGGACGUUGGAGAGGGGGCAUCCACAGCGGAAGCCUCGCUCUUCAGCAGCGUGCUCGGAGGCACCAGCCAUCUCCGGCCAUGAUUGGGUCACAGUCAGUCCCUGCCCCGCGCCGGAGGGCCCCGGCAGACGUCCCUCUUCAUGCUUCAGAGUUCCUCAGGGCACCUGCACCAGUCCCUGCCCCGCGCCGGAGGCUCCCGGCUGACGUCUCUCCUCUUCAGACGUCAGAGGUCCUUGUGUUACCCGCUCCAGUCCCUGUCCCCAACGGAGGGUCCCGCCAGAUGCCAUUCUGGUUCCGCCGUCAGAGGUCCUCGCGGUGCCAGCUCCAGUCCCUGCUCCAGUCCCCGUUCCAGUCGCUGUCCCCGACGGAGGGGUCCCGGCAGACGCCACUCUGGUUCCGGCGUCGAAGGUCUUCGCUGUGCCAGCUCCAGUCCUUGCUCCAGUCCCCGCUCAAGUCCCUGUCCCGCACUGGAGGUCGGAUCGCUUGGUCUUCUACCCGCUGUCGUCCAUGGUACUGUCCUGAAUUCCUGUCCUGCCUUGUCCUGGUCCCCUGA